ACUUUUUCUGUAUGGAGUUCUCUCUCACUGUCACUCCCCGUUAACCCUAAAUUCCCAAAUUUUCGACUAUGAGAAAGAAGCCGAAGCAGCGCCCUACACCGGUGGAAGAUCCUUCAACUGCUUCCUCCUCCGAACCAGAGGAAGAUGAUGACCGACCGCAUUCUUCUCAACAGCAUGCAGCAGCAGCAGCACAGGUUUCUUCCUCUGAAGAGGAAGACGAUUCUUCAGAAGAAGACGAGAAGCAACGUUCCACUCUCCCUGCUUCUGCAAACCAUUCCUCCAAGCCUCACCCCAAGUCCUCCUCCUCUGAAUCCGAAUCUGACUCCGAACCAGCUCGAGCCAAACCCAAACCCAAGCCCACGGAUCUACCCCAGCCCAAGGUCCAGGCCCAGCGUUCCUCCACGCCGGUGAAGCUGGGAUCCAAGCGCCCGGCCCACGCAACUGAGUCGACUGAGCCGAAACGCACGAAAAAGAAACCAGCUGAGGCUCCUUCUCCUUCCGUUGCUAACGACAAAACGGAGGAGGACGGGACCGGCGGGCAAGCGAAGGUGUUGUUCCAGAGGAUCUGGAGCGCAGAAGACGAGCUCAGCAUUCUAAAGGGCAUACCUGAGUUCAUCUCAAAGACCGGACAAGAGCCUUAUUGGCAUAUCGACGCUUUCCACAACUUCAUUAAGAAGUCACUCCACGUGGAGGUUUCCAGCCAUCAGCUGAAGGAUAAGAUUCGACGGUUGAAGAAGAAGUUCGAGACUUAUGAGGCGAAAAAGAAGAAAGGAAUUCUGCCUCGGUUGAGGUUUCACGACGGGGUCUUGUAUGCACAAUCCAAAAAGAUUUGGGGUGAACGGGCCACCGAACUGGUGGAAAAGCCCAAGCCUCUUGCGAAAACCAAGACUCAAAAGAAGGAAUCAGAAGCCAAGGCUAAAGUUCCGACUCAAAAGAAGGAAUCAGAAGCCAAGACUAAAGUUCCGGGGCAGCCAUCAGCGUCUGAAAGCGGUGACGUUAGUUUGCUUUACAGCAAUAUUUCUUGUUUUAAAGAGCUGGAUGAGGAUGAGAUGAAGAGAGGACUCACUUUGAUUGAAGAAUCCAAGAGGAAGGAAUUAGAGAGAAGAUGGAAAGUGUUGCAAUAUUCUGAGAUGGAACUACUUGUUAAUCGCUCUCUGUUGAUUGGGGAGCAGAUUAAGUUGAUAUCUGAAGCCCUACAGUCAUCCAACAAUUAGGAUUCAUUGUGUUAGGUAUCGUUUAUUGGUCCUUUUGGUACUCUAUAUGUCAUUCCUUUUGUGGAUUAUUGUAAUUUUGGUGUGUGUGGCAUAGGCUUUUUUGCUCAGUGUUGUGAAAACUUUCUGCAAAGCCUCUUUUAAUUAUAGCAACAUGUAGCAACUUUUGUUAACCUGAUGGAGAAUAUGUUCAGUUUGGCAAAACCAUAGCUGUUAAAUUUUGGGUUUGCAAUUUGGUAUGGCAGCAACAUUUAUUCUCAUUCAGGCUUGGAUGGGGAUGAUGGAAUGAAGCGAUUUGUGUUUUUGUGUUGACUGUCUAAUACAAUGUCAUGCAAAUUUGCCUAUGCUCCUUUGGUGCUUAUCCUUCAAAGGUGCAAUUUAUUUUGUUAUGCUCUUUA